AUGACGGCACCCGUACAACCGUACUAUACGGUGACGGUGCGAAGCCCUAUAGUCGAUUUGGAAAAGUUCGGGAGAACGAGGUUUAACGCUAAGAGAAAUGGAUCUGAACGAUCUACCAUCAGCAUCGAUCGACGCCUGCCUUCUGCAUGCAGCUUUGUUGAUCCUAGGUUCGCAUCGCGAGAUUGCGUAACCUUGGAUCCAAUCGACCCUGGCCUGGAGCGGCCCGGCGGCCCAUCCUUCGUUGCAUUCAUUCACUCUAACACGAGGAUCAUCAGGAGUCCCCUCCGCUUUCUCAUGCGGCCUUUAACCGGUGAUUUUGUCGACUUGUCGGCAUCCUCAAGCGUAAUCUACCAUGACGCACGAUGUGAGAAGCAAUGCAGCAACCAACCCUUCGUCCUAUUAACGAUGAUCAUCGGCGUGCCAGGCAUGGAUCUACAAGGGAACGAGGGGCGUACGACUCUAGCGCACUUGGCUUUCUUCGCGUCGGGAGGAAAGCCCAGGGAGAAAAUUCUCUACGUCUGCUGCAGCAGUUUUGAGACCGAAAACAUCACAUUUCCUCUUUUGUGCCUCAAAGGACGACUUUAUGCGCACAAGGAGGCCUUAAAUCAUCCGGAUAUGGCGUAG